CAUUCGGUGUUUGCCCUCCGUAGUGUUAAGAGGUAUCUGAACAUGAAGUGGGUUCUGUUACUAUUGGUGGCACUUAGUCUGCGUUUUCGAACGGCUGAUUCUGUCUACGACUACUUCCGUUUGCCGACGGCUCUGCGACCCCAGAAGUACGACUUGCGCAUCCUGACACGACUGGAAGAUGAAGGGAAUCUCAGUUUCAACGGAACUGUGAAAAUCAAACUAGAAGCAUUGCAGAAUACGAAGAACAUAACCCUUCACUCGAAGGAUCUGGAGAUAGAUGAGGCUCAGAUCACUCUUCGCCAAGUUAGUGGUGAAGGGUUGAAGGACAACUGCGUGUCUUCCACUGAGGUUAAUCCCAACCACGACUUCUAUAUUCUCCACACCUGUCAAGAAUUAGUGGCCGGCCAUGCCUAUGAGUUGGAGCUGCCCUUUUCAGCCGAGUUACAGGAUCAACUGGUGGGUUAUUACCGAAGCUCAUAUGUAGAUCCAGUGAGCAAUGAGACGAGAUGGAUCACUAUUACACAAUUUGAACCAGCCUACGCUCGAAUGGCCUUUCCCUGCUUCGAUGAACCUGGCUAUAAGGCAGUCUUCGACAUCACCUUGGGCUACCACAACAAGUUCACAGGUCUCAGCAAUAUGCCAGCAAAGGCAACUAAGCCACAUGAAUCUCUCCCUGAUUACGUAUGGUCUGAAUUUGAAGAGUCUGUGCCCAUGUCCACCUACCUGGUGGCUUAUACCGUUAACGAUUUCACUCACAAGUCUUCGACUCUGCUAACAGGCCCCCUUUUUCGCACCUGGGCAAGACCCAAUGCCAUCGAUCAAUGUGAUUAUGCCGCAGAGUUUGGACCAAAAGUACUCAAGUAUUACGAGCAGCUGUUCGGCUUAAAGUUUCCGCUCCCGAAAGUCGAUCAGAUCGCUAUUCCAGAUUUCAAUGCCGGUGCCAUGGAGAACUGGGGCCUGGUGGCGUACUCGGAGAGUUCACUAUUGUACUCCAAAGAGUACACGUCGCAGGAAAAUGAGAAGGAUAUUGCGAGCACGGUGGCCCAUGAGUUGGCCCACCAGUGGUUCGGUAAUCUGGUCACCAUGAAUUGGUGGACUGAUCUCUGGCUCAACGAGGGAUUCGCUACUUAUGUGGCUGGUUUGGGUGUCGAAUACAUUCAACCGGACUGGCGUUUUAUGGAACAAGCGACAAUGUCCAGUCUGCUUACAGUUUUUCGAAAGGACUCCUUUAAUAGCAGUCACCCCAUAUCCAGGCCAAUUGAAAUGGUUUCAGAAAUUUCUGAAAGCUUCGAUGAGAUCUCUUACGAGAAAGGAUCAUCAGUGAUCCGCAUGAUGCACUUGUUCCUGGGUGAAGAGUCAUUCCGCUCUGGCCUGAAAUCGUAUCUAGAAAAGUACGCUUAUAAGAACGCCGAACAGGACAAUCUUUGGGAAUCCCUAACUCUGGCGGCUCAUAAAGCUGGUUCCCUGCCUAAGAACUACGACCUCAAGACAAUUAUGGACUCGUGGACUCUGCAAACGGGAUAUCCCAUGGUCAACGUGACACGAAACUACACGGCAAGGACUGCGAAGCUUAGCCAGGAACGCUACCACCUGAAUACCGAUAUAUCUAGGGAACACCGUCGUGAAUGCUGGUGGGUGCCACUAAGCUAUACCAGUCAAGAGAAGAAGGACUUCAACAACACGGCACCCAAGGCGUGGUUGGAAUGCGAUAAGAAUGGGGACAGUCUCCCGAAAACGAUUAGCGACCUUCCAGGACCCGAUCAGUGGGUAAUCUUUAACAACCAGUUGUCAUCGCCGUAUAAGGUAAACUACGAUGCUCGGAACUGGAAGCUUCUGAUCGACACAUUGAACAGCGAAGAGUACCAGACCAUCGACGUGGUCAACAGGGCUCAGCUUAUCGAUGAUGUUUUGUACUUCGCCUGGACAGGAGAACAGGACUACGAGAUCGCCUUGGGAGUGAUCAAUUAUCUGCAGAGAGAGCGAGAGCUUCUUCCUUGGAAAUCGGCUUUCAACAGUCUUAUGACUGUUAGUGACUUUUUCCGAAAGCUGCCGAACUAUAUGUAUUUUAAGAGCUAUAUGAAGAAACUGAUCACCCCGAUAUAUGAGCACUUGAACGGCAUCAACGAUACGUAUUCCACGAUCCAACAAAAGGAUAAGGUCACUCUGAAGGGAAUGGUGGCGAGUUGGGCGUGCUCAUACCAGGUAUCCGAUUGCGUAGAUCAGGCGUUGUCCUACUUCCGCAGCUGGCGAGCGGAAGCCAAUCCCGACGAGAAUAACCCGGUGCCACUUGGGGUGCGUGGCAAUGUGUACUGCACUUCUAUCGAGCAUGGAAGUGACGAGGACUGGGAGUUCCUAUGGACAAGGUACGAGAUGGCAAACGUGGCUUCUGAAAAGGAGACCAUUCUUAACGCCCUGGCUUGCUCGAAGGAGGUGUGGCUGGUGCAGCGCUAUCUGGAAAGAAUCUUCGUCCCAAAUGGGGAGAUCCGCAAGCAAGAUUCGGUCUCUGUUUUCCAGUCAAUUGCCGCCAAUGAUGUAGGCUUUUUGCUGGCCAAGAAGUACUUAAUGGACAAUGUGGACUCAAUCUCAAAGUUCUUCCAUCCUCAGUUCGAGGCAAUGUCCGACAUUAUGAAGCCCCUAUCCGAACAGAUCUUUUCCCGCAAAGACUACAACGAGUUCAAAACCUUUAUCUCCAAUUCAAAGGAACAACUCAAGGAUUUAGAUCAGGCGAUCGACCAAACGUUGGAGCAAAUCUUAACCAACGUUCAGUGGAAGGAGCGAAACUAUCAUCAAUUCACCCGAGCCAUUCAAAGGUUUUUAGUCUCUAAAUAAGAGUUUUCUUGAAACUGAUACCCAUUGGUAUCCUUAAAAUGAGUUCGUCUAAUUGUUUUCAACUUUAACUAAAUUCAAAAUUACCCAUACGCCACGUAAUUCUCAUGAUUAAGUCAUAAAAUCUGUGCUUUAAAAUUGAACUUUUCGCUUUCAGUCUUCAAUCUCUAUUCUGCUAAGUAUAGGUUCUGUUACUUCAAUAAAUACAAAUUAAUAGUAAUAAAUAAGUGAAAAGAAUAAGACCCAAUUUAGAUAUAUUUAUUGUCAAUUUUGGUAAGUAUCCGGUAAUAAUCGCUGUUCUGGUAAAACAAAGAGGAAGCGGAACAAAAAUGUAUAAGCAAAUAUAUGCUAGCUAUUAUUACGUCAUAUGCUUCAAUCGUUCCGAUUAUUUUGUAAUCUUUCCUAGAACUACAAGUACCGAAGUUCAUAAGUUCAAAACCAGUACAAGAAGAUAAGGUACAUUUUCAUUAACAAAAUUUUUAGAAACGUUUUGAAAUCGUCUUUAAUUCUUGGCAUGAGGUUAGCUUAGGAUGAUUCAUUUUAAAGGGAAUUGUGAUGCUGGUGAUAGUGACGCUGAAGGCAGACCCAACG